AAACAUGGUAGUUGACGUAUAAAAUUUUAGACUUUUUUUGCACAAAUCAUGGAUUUGACGCAAAAUUUAGAAAUUGGAAUUAACAAAUUAGAUAUUGACGAUGCUAAUGAUUUGGAAAACAUAGGAAAUAAAUGGGAUUUUCCUUUAAAAGAAUUGUAUAGGCUAGCCGUAGAAUUUUAUAAAGAGAAAGAAGGCAAAGCGCUACAUCUAAGUUAUGACGAUAAACUAAAAUUAAUAGCUUUCACACAGCAAGCUAAACAUGGACAAUUUGAUGCUACAGAAUUACCUUCAUUGGGUGUCCUUGAUGUUAUUGGGCGCGAUAGAAGGCUAGCCUGGAUGCAAUUAGGAAACUUAUCCAAGGCGCAAUCUAUGGAAGGAUUUAUUGAUCUUUUAGAUAGAUUGUGUCCACUAUUCAAACCUUAUAUUGAGGCCAUUAAAAAGGCAAAAGUUGAGAAAAGUAAAACUGAACUUAUAAAUGUGAACCAACCAAUUAAUACUGUGCAAAAAAUGAAACAACAGGACGAUAUAAAUAAAGAACUUCAAAGUCGGAAUAUAAAAGAUUUGCUAAACGAGCAGUCAUUUUACCAAUUCAAAGCUUAUGCAGAACAGCAGUUUCCAAAUAGUCCUGAUGAACAGGCAGUUCUUAUUCGACAGCUACAAGAUCAGCAUUAUAAUCAGUAUAUGCAACAACUACAUUAUGGAUAUUUAGUUAAUCAAAAUAUUAAAAAGGAAGACCCAUCAGAAAUAGAUAUAUCUAAGAGUAAUUCAACUGAAGUAUGCAAAACAGAUAAAUCAGAUCUGAGCAAAGACACAGCUGAAACAGUAUCUGAAAUUAGUAAUAUUGAUUCACAAGGCAUCAAAGUUAGACAUGACAGUGAGAAUUAUGAAAGUGAUUGUGAAUCACAAGGCGAAUAUGUUAUAGCUAUUGCAAAUAUGUGGACAAGGCAAGAUAUGUCAGCAUUUAAAGCUGCUGUUAGUAGUGGUGAAGGUGACGGAGUCAUCAGAAUUGGCCAUGGUGAAACAGUUACAGUUCGUGUUCCAACGCAUGAGGGAGGUUCACAACUUUAUUGGGAAUUUGCCACAGAAAAUCAUGACAUAGGCUUUGGAUUGUACUUUGAAUGGUCAAAGAGCCCUACCACACAGGUUACUGUCCAUAUAACUGAGAGUGAAGAUGAAGAUGAAUUGGAGGAUGAUGAAGAAUUAACUCUUCCUGAAGAUUUGGAGUGCGGUCCACAAUCUACAGUUGCUCCACUUACAGGAAUCUCAAAGCCACCUAUUACAGAAAUUGUGCCUGUAUAUCGUAGAGAUUGUCAUCUAGAAGUUUAUGCUGGCUCACAUCAGUACCCUGGAGAAGGUGUUUAUUUAUUAAAAUUUGAUAAUUCUUACAGUAUGUGGAGAAGCAAAACAUUAUAUUAUAGAGUUUAUUAUACUCGUUAAACUACUUAAGGAAUAUUUUAUUAUUUA